AUAUAGUGCAGCACCACGGACUGGCCUACGGUGUGCACACACGAGGUCGCUAACCGACUAAGAUAAAAGCAGGGGAAGUCAGAAAGAGAGCCUUGAAAAAUGGCAGGAUUCAUAUUAAAUGCCCAGAAAAUGUGGGAUGAAGUUCUCAUUAAUGCAGAUCCACGUGUAGAGGAUUGGUUCAUGAUGUCCAGUUUUGUUCCCAGCCUCGUUAUUUGUGUGUUGUAUGUCAUCAUCGUUCUCCUUGGUCCCUCACUAAUGGCAAACAGGAAACCAUUGGACAUCAAAAAUGUCUUGUUGGUGUACAACCUUGGAAUGGUCGCCCUGUCUACGUACAUCUUUAUGGAGUUCCUGUUGUCAGGGUGGGCUACUGGGUACAGUUUACAUUGUCAGCCUGUGGACUACUCCAACUCCAAGGCAGCUAUGAGGAUGGCCAGUGCCUGCUGGUGGUUUUACAUAUCAAAAUUCAUAGAACUUUUUGACACAAUUUUCUUCAUAAUGAGAAAAAAGUUCCGCCAGGUUUCCUUCCUACAUGUGUUCCAUCAUGGCAUUAUGCCCUUCUCCUGGUGGUUUGGGGUCAAGUUUGUGCCAGGUGGGUUUGGCACCUUCCAUGCACUGUUAAACUCCUUCAUACAUCUGAUGAUGUAUACUUAUUAUGGCCUGGCAGCUCUUGGGCCUCAGUAUCAAAAAUACCUCUGGUGGAAAAAGUAUAUGACAAAAAUGCAGCUGACCCAGUUUAUACUCUGCCUAAUUCACGCCUCACAGCUGUUGUACAUGGACUGUAACUACCCCACCCUGUUUGCCUAUUGGAUUGCACUGUACGCUGGAAUUUUUCUCGUACUGUUUGCGAACUUCUAUCACCAGUCAUACAUAUCCCACAAGUCAAAACCUCAGAGUAACGGAGCUGUCCAGAAUGGUGUCAAGGAGAAAUCUAAUUGAUGUUGAUGGUUGCUUAGUUCAGUAGUUUUUUUCAAACAUAUUAGCUAUACAUAGAUCUGUUUCUAUUUUUCUUUCUUUUUUCUUUUCGAUUUUGAAAUUGACGGCUUCAAUUUGUACCUUGAUUUACUCCUGGGUAUUCACAUUUUCACAUUAGAUAUGAAGUAUUCCAGUUUAAUUUAUUUUAGUCAUCAUUAUUUAGAUAUUUUAUAUGUUUGAUACAGUGCACGGAAUUACGACAAUCAUGUACAUAUGUGUUUGCUCUAUCUGAAAUUAUUUUAUCAGUGACUUUAGCUUUUUGUCGUGAAUUUUUACUUUGAUAAAUAUACCAGUAGAUAUUCAGUUGUUGUAUAUACCAGUAGAUAUUCAGUUGUUGUAAUAACUACCUGCUACAUGUAACUGAAUUAAGCUUGUUAGAUAGUCAAGAGUGUGUGUGUAUUCAGAAUGAGAUUCAUCAGUUUAGUAUGAAUUUGAUUUGGAAUGAUUUUUUUUUAACAUGAACAGCAAUUUAAAAACUUUGUUUGUGAGCUUUUGAAAAUGUCUGCUUCCAUUGUCAAUCAGAGUGCCUUACAAUCAACUAUAGGAUCUAGUCAAGACAAAGGAAACAAACAUUUUCAAAAGAUUGCAAACACAGUUUUCAGUGGCUGUUUGUAUUUUUGACAGUGUGUCUGGUCAAUAAUUAUUGUGAUACUACAGAGGUAUUGGUCAUAAAUGCUGUAGAACAAAAUUUUAUUUUGAUAUUUUAUUAAUUUUCAUCCUUGAAUGACAGAACAAAGUAAAUAUAGCCUGUAUUAUAUGGUGUGCAAUACAUGUGGAAAUCAGGGCUGUUCCAAAAUUAUCUGUGUAGGGGAUGGGGUUCCAAAAUUAUCUGUGUAGG